ACAUCACUGACGUCAAUAGUUGGCGGUGUGACACUACGGUGACACUGCCGGCUGAAACUGAAACCCGAACCGAACCAGCCCGGUUCAAACCACCGCCGACUGGCGCACCAGCGGCCCCUGCUCCUUCUACCAACCUCAUCCGCUCUUCUCCAUCUUCCUCUCCUCCUCUGCUCCUCCGCUUCCUCUUCUUCACCUCUUCUAUCUCCUCUCUGCUCAGAGACAGGCUUCUUAUUAUCCUCCUCUUGCCGCUCUGCUGCUCUUCCCGCAAUCAUGUCCUGGAAACUCACAAAAAAACUCCGCGAGACCCAUCUCUCGAACCUCUCCUCUAGAUCGUCCUCUACAUCUACAAUCACCCCCCAGAACUUUGAAGAAAAAGAAAAAGAAAAGGAAUCCGAAAAGUCAAAGUCAAAGCAUCACCAUCAUUUCUACCUCUCCAGCAAGCACGAAGACACCUCUCCCUCCGAAAAGAAAGACUCCGCCGCUUCCGCCUCCGCUGCUUCUUCCUCCUCCUCUUUCUCGCCCGGCCACAGAUCACAACCCUCGACCACCUCGACCGUGCGCCCGGGCCUUCUCAUCGUCACAAUCCACGAAGCCGCCGGCCUCUCCCUGCCGCCCUCCUACACGCACGCCCAGCACGGCCAAUCCUCCGCCUCGUCGUUCUCAUCCUCUAGCUCGACCUCCCGCCACUUUCUUCCCUACCUCGUCCUCGAAUUCGACAAGACGCAGGUGAUCCUCGACGCCCACUCCGGCACAAUCGAAAACCCAAAGUGGGAACAGACCGCAAACUUCGACGUCAGCAGGAGCGAGACCCUCACCGUCUCUCUCUACGUCCGCAACCCGGGCGCGUUCUUCACCAGCAAGGACGGUGCAAACUCAAGCUCGUCGUCGAACGGCGAGUCCAAGAAACUCGAGGAGGACAUCCUUCUUGGCUCGUGCAAGCUCACUCCGAAGCUCGAUCCGAGCGCCGGCAAGCGCGACGAGAGCAUCGCUGUGUCGUGGGGCACGGGCAAAGUUCAUCUGACGGUGCAGUACAAGCCGAAUCAGAAGGCGGCGCUGACUAUCGACGACUUUGAUCUGCUCAAGGUCGUCGGCAAGGGCUCGUUCGGCAAAGUUAUGCAGGUCCGCAAGAAGGACACCAACCGGAUCUAUGCGCUCAAGACGAUCCGCAAGGCGCACAUCGUCUCGCGAUCAGAAGUCAACCACACGCUUGCCGAGCGGACAGUGCUCGCGCAGAUCGACAACCCGUUCAUCGUCCCGCUCAAGUUCUCGUUCCAGAGCCCCGAGAAGCUUUACUUUGUGCUCGCCUUCAUCAACGGUGGCGAGCUCUUCCACCAUCUCCAGCGCGAGGGCAAGUUCGAUCUCAACCGCGCGCGCUUCUACACCGCCGAGCUUCUUUGCGCGCUCGAGUGCCUGCACGGAUUCAACGUCAUCUACCGCGACCUCAAGCCCGAAAACAUCUUGCUCGACUACACCGGGCACAUUGCCUUGUGUGAUUUCGGUCUCUGCAAGCUAAACAUGCGCGAGGACGACAAGACAAACACCUUCUGCGGCACGCCCGAGUACCUCGCGCCCGAGCUCCUGCUCGGACAGGGCUACACGAAGACCGUCGACUGGUGGACGCUCGGCGUGCUGCUGUACGAGAUGCUGACCGGCCUCCCUCCGUUCUACGACGAAAACACAAACGAGAUGUACCGCAAGAUCCUGCAAGACCCGCUGCGCUUCCCCGACGACAUGGACAAAGACGCCAAGAGCCUGCUAACAGGUCUUUUGAACCGCGAUCCCAAGCAAAGACUGGGCGCCAACGGACCGGCCGAGAUCAAGAACCACAAGUUCUUUGUGGAAAUCGACUGGAAGAAGUUGCUCGGCAAGAAGUACCCGCCGCCGUUCAAGCCGAGCGUCGCGUCCGCGACCGACACGUCUAACUUUGACAAGGAGUUCACGAACGAGGUGCCGACGGACUCUGUGGUGGACGAUUACCUGUCUGAGAGCGUGCAGCGGCAGUUUGGCGGAUGGACAUACUCUGACAGUCGGUUGGGUACUACGUUGGGUAACUCUGGACCCGGUCCUGGUAGUGUUAUCGGAUAGUCACUCGAAUGAAUCAUAGUUCAUAUCACGUCGUUCAACUCACGUUCUGAUCAACUGCAUUUUUCUUUCUCUUUCGUUUUCUACGUUGUUCAUUUACAGUUUUAUUUAUCUAUUUUGUCACAUAGUUAUGGGAUUUGGUUGAAUCGGAAAUACACAGGCGAAAUGUUUUCAUUUAUUUAUUUCAUUAUCAGUUUUCUUCGUUCAUUUAGUUUGUUGUGUUGUUGGGAGGUAGUUUUAUAUGCAAUUAGUUAUAUAGGCUACCUACACCUUAUUAUCUACUGAAACUCUGCAUGCGAGGUGAUGCAUGA